AUGUAGUUGGUCGGCACUCGGCAGAGAAAGAAUAUAUCCAUGAGAAAGACAGGGAGGGAAAAGGGAGCGAGGACAUAACGGGAACUAGGUCGGUUUGGAAAUUAAAUCAAACAGAGGGAAACGCGACCGAGCGUGGAAGCUGCGAUACUGAAAAGAGGCUGGGAUCAUCCGCUUCCACUUCUUGGUGUCUGCAGGUGGAGGAGUAGCUGGUUGAGUAUUGGAAUAAGAGAAGAGGCAGAGAGAGAGGGAUAAAGAUGCUCUCCACUUUCUACCUGGAUCUCCUAAUUCAUCCCAUUAGCUUAAUUUAGAGUUACAAGACUAGACUGUGAAAAAGUUGUAUCUUUUUGUUAACUCUUGCUUGUCUCUUGGCAGACCAAACUUACUGGCAUUUUGGCAGGAUUUUAAUAUUUGCUACCACUUUUUACUGACAGACUUGAGAAGAACAAACACUCUGUUGUGAAAUUAUGGCAAACAUGUGCCCAUAUGGCAAGUUCACCCACGCCGUGGUGCGGGGCAUCCCAGAGACCUUUGGGAAAGCGGUGGGAGAUGGUCGUGAGAACGGGGAGAUCUCAGUGGACCUGGCUAAAGCUCAGCGUCAGUUUGGUUGCCUGACAGGAGCCCUGAGGCAGAAGGUGGGCCUGCAGCUGAUCGAGAUCCCCCCUGACCCCGAGCUGCCAGAGAGCUGGAGGAUAGAGGAUGUGGCAGUCAUCCAGGGAGACACAGCGCUCAUCACCAGGCCCUUCAAACAGCAGAGACGCAGUGAGGCGGAGGCAGUGAGGAGGGUGAUGUCAGAGCUGAACCUGACCAUGGUGGAGAUGGGGGCUGAGGAGGGGGACUUCGGAGGGGCCACGCUGGAGGGCAGCGACAUCCUCUUCACAGGGAGGGAGUUCUUUGUCGGCAUCUCCUCCCACACCAACCGCAGAGGGGCGGAAGUGCUGGCAGACACUUUCAGGGACUUUGCUGUGUCCACCGUCCCUGUCUGUGGUGGAGCCCGACUGAAAAACAUCUGCUCCAUGGGCGGUCCAGACACAAUCAUCAUCAGCAACAGUGACGGGGCCAAGAAGACACUCCGGAUGAUGGAACAGCUAACUGAUCACCACUAUGAAGUGCUCACUGUUCCAGAGGAAUCAGCAGCAAACUGCGUCUACAUCAAAGGUCCGUCUAAUCGGGACUUCCUGCUCCACCGGCCUGCAGAGGAAUGUCCUGACAGCGUCUCUGCCUUCCAGAAGCUACAGGACUACACCCUGCUGCCUACAGCCUGCAGCGAGGCCUCCAAGCUGGGAGCAUCUCUGUCCUCGCUCUGCCUCCUCAUCAACAGAAAACACACGUAUUUCUGAAAACACACUUCUAACCAUCAGUACGUUACACAGCAUUUAUCUGGACAUGUUCAUGGCAGGCUGAAGGGACAGCCGCAUCACAUAUUUCCAGAUUAAAAUUCUUUAUUUAUUGCGAGGGGAAAACACUGACACAUAGCAUCUGUAUGAGAAUAUGAUCCAACUGUAACAUCUGCUAACAGACUUACUGUAGCAAACAAGUCUUGGCACCGCUGCUCCAACAGUACAGCACGCUGGUUUCCCUCACAAAACUCUUAACGCAACUAUCCAUGAAACCACUAAAUUCAGAUGUAGCUUUACUGUUUUGACUUGCGACAGACAACUGAGCUGAUAUCGCAUUUACCGAAAUUGACAGAUGUAAAAAGAAAAGGGUAAAACAAACAAUAAUGGUACCAGGGUUUCACCAAGUUCGACUUUUUAAAUACCACUUAAAAUACAAUUUACCACCUAUUUCACGAUCACACUAGUAUAAGUAUGAAGGAAAACCAGCAGGGACAACAUGGCCUAGUGUUAUUUAACAGUUUUGCCCAUUAUAACUAACAUUACUGCUUAUUACAGGCAAGAGAAAUAUUAAGACUUUGUUAAACACAUUUUCUAAGGCUAUUUUUUUUUUAAUUAGGGAAACUGAAUUCAGUGGUUAAGACUUGCAGAAACCCUGUGGUACCCAAAUUCACAUCUGCAGAUUUGUGAGUGUAUAGCGGUAAUAUCCAUAAUACAACAAGUUGGUACCUCUUUCAAUACUCUUCAAACAUAGUCAUCUUAAUUGUAGCUGCUAAUAGAAAAGCAGAGAUUUAAAAUAACUGUUUUAGCUUUCUUAUGUAUGAAGUUGUAACAAGUGUAGUGAUGCCAAUAAAAUUCAACUGACAACUUA